AUGCAUCUCGUCUGCUUGGGUGUGAUGCGGCGCAUGCUCAGAAACUGGGUGAGCAGAGGGCAGGGUCCUAGGACAUGCAGGUUGGGUAGGUUUGAGCGCUGCAAACUCAACGAUCAUUUGCGAGAAUGUGCAAGUGCCUUUCCCAGCUGCUUUCAAAGGAAGCCAAGAGGAACAGAAGAGCUGGACCGCUGGAAGGCAUCAGAAUUUCGUACAUUCCUCCUCUACGUGGGGCCUGUAGUGCUUAAAUCUGUGCUCCCAGCGUCACAGUACAAGCACUUUCUGAUGUUUCAUGUGGCAAUCACUAUACUGGUUUCUCCACAGUACCAUGUGGAGUACAAUCAGUUUGCCCGUGACCUGCUGCGAUACUUUGUCCAGCAAUUCGGCAAACUUUAUGGCACUAAACAGCUUGUGUACAACGUGCACACCCUCAGCCAUCUUGCCGAACAGUGCUUGGUGCAUGGACCCCUCGACGAAUUCAGCGCCUUCCCUUUUGAAAACCAUCUGGGGAAAAUGAAAAAGUUGCUGCGCUCCUCUAACAAGCCACUCUCUCAACUCAGCAGGAGGCUGUCAGAGAUGAGGCAUCUGACUCCGAAGGUGCAGAAGCAAGGGCCACGUGAACUAAAAGCAGGAGACUGUUUUUUACUGGAUGAUGGACCGGCUGUUGUGGUGGAAGUGAAUGACAGCAGUUGUAAAGCUGCAGCCCUACAAAAUCCGAGGGACUUUUACAAAGUUCCACUGCAGUCAUCCUGGCUUCGCAUAUUUAAGUGUGAUGCCUCUAGUGGUGAUGUGAAAACCUGGCGGCUUGAAGACCUUCGUGGCAAAGCACAGUGCCUUAAACUGAGGCGCAAGCGCAACUACAUAGUUUUUCCUUUGUUGCACCUGCAGUGA